ACUCAAAAGCGCAAUCGGCGGCCGGAGGCUGGGGGGGAAAGUUGGGGGGGCUUGCAGGGGGUUUCGUUCGGGUGCCAAAGCUCAACCGGGUCAAUGUGUGGACUAUUGGGGCGCCCGGCGGGGAAUCCUUCUCAAUGGACGGAACCAUUAAGGAGGCUCUCUCAGUGGUGAGCGAAGAUCAAUCCCUGUUUGAUUCCACCUACGGAGCUGCUGCUCACCUUCCCAAACCAGACAUGACGGCCUCAGGGAACCCCGAUUAUGGACAACCGCACAAAAUCAACCCUUUACCUCCCCAACAGGAAUGGAUCAAUCAGCCAGUUCGGGUGAACGUGAAGAGGGAAUAUGAUCAUAUGAAUGGAUCAAGGGAGUCUCCAGUGGAUUGCAGCGUUAGCAAAUGCAACAAGUUGGUCGGUGCAGGGACAGAGUCCAACCCCUUGAAUUAUGGCACCUACAUGGAUGAGAAGAACGGCCCUCCUCCCCCCAACAUGACAACCAAUGAGAGGAGAGUCAUUGUCCCAGCAGAUCCCACAUUAUGGACCCAGGAGCAUGUCCACCAGUGGCUGGAAUGGGCAAUAAAAGAAUAUGGUUUAAUGGAGAUCGACACCAACCUUUUCCAGAACAUGGACGGCAAGGAGCUAUGCAAAAUGAACAAGGAUGAUUUCCUCCGGACCACGUCUCUCUACAACACGGAAGUCCUGCUGUCUCACCUCAGUUACCUCAGGGAAAGUAGCUCAUUGCUGUCUUACAACACACCAGCCCACACAGAGCCUUCCUCCCGACUCAGUACCAAAGAAGAUGCCUCUUAUGAUGCUGUCAGAAGAUCAGGAUGGGGCAAUAACAUGAAUUCCAGCCACAACAAAAGUCCACCGUUGGGAGGGACACAAAAUGUGAGCAAAAAUUCAGACCAGCAGCGGCCCCAGCCAGAUCCUUACCAGAUUUUAGGACCAACCAGCAGCCGUUUAGCUAACCCAGGGAGCGGACAGAUCCAGCUAUGGCAGUUUCUGCUUGAGUUACUGUCGGACAGCUCCAAUGCCAGCUGCAUCACAUGGGAAGGAACUAAUGGGGAAUUUAAGAUGACGGACCCUGACGAGGUGGCCAGGCGUUGGGGGGAACGCAAGAGCAAACCCAACAUGAAUUAUGACAAGCUGAGCCGAGCCCUCCGAUACUACUACGACAAGAACAUCAUGACCAAAGUACAUGGCAAGAGGUAUGCCUAUAAAUUUGACUUUCAUGGCAUUGCUCAAGCACUUCAGCCUCACCCGACUGAGUCGUCAAUGUACAAAUAUCCCUCGGAUCUGUCCUACAUGCCUUCGUAUCACGCACACCAGCAGAAAGUGAACUUUGUGCCUCCACAUCCUUCUUCUAUGCCCGUCACUUCUUCCAGUUUCUUUGGAGCCGCAUCACCAUAUUGGACUUCCCCCACAGGGAGCAUCUACCCAAAUCCCAACGUACCACGUCAUCCAAACUCCCAUAUGCCAUCACAUUUGGGCAGCUACUAUUAGAUGCUUUUUCACCUUCCGUGGCCUUUCUCAGUCCAAUUGGUUGUUCUCUUCCCUUCUUGGAUAUCUAUGGACUUUUUGGUGGACUUUCGUCUUUUUGUUGGGGAGAAAGCUGAAAAACUGGAUAUUAUUGUUAUUAUUUUUAUUAUUAUUAUUAUUAUUAUUGGAGUAAACCUUUUUUAUUUUUGUAACUGCUUCUUCAAUCCUGAAUGGGCAGGUGGAUUUUCUGAUGGGCCAGUACUAUAAAUAUAUAUAUAUUAUUUUUUGGUUCCAAGCCGUAUAUCCUCUAUUGGACUAAGUCAAAUGCUUUACAGAUCUGUUUGGGUUAUCCUCACGAUCUUAACAAACGAUGGAAAGCAUUAUCAAAGUCAAGAAAAAAAGAAGACCUGCGGGCCCUAGAAGAUUUGUGCUUGUUUGCUCCAGACAAAUGACAAGUUUUUUCUGGUUUGGGGGAAGCGGAAAGAAGAUUCAAAUAUUGUCUGAGGAGGACCUGGUUUGGAGAAUCCAACUGGAAUCUAAGCUUUAAAGCUGACGAAGGCUCGUCUUUUCACCCAACUGGAAAAAAGAAAUACAUAUAUAUAUAUAUAUAUAUAUAUUCAUAUAAAUAAAUAUGUAUAUAUUAAGGCUAUCAAGGGCAUUGAAGGGACCUGUCUAGAGUGUGCAUUGUGUUUGUGUGUGUGUGUGUUUUUAAAAAAACUCCAGAAACAUCCAAGACCCGGGGGCGGGGUCACAAUGCAUCGAGGGCAGAUUUUCUUAUGAAUGCAAAAUGGGACUAAUAUGAAUGACAGCUGCUUCCAGCGCUUUGCUUACAGUGCUGGGAGUUGCAAAAAAACCCACAACCGAUUCACGAACGCUGUGCGUUUGUCAGACAGCCACUCAGAGGGUCAACCGAACCAGAAGGCAACUUACUGUAUAAAUUAUGCAGAUUUAUGUUUUUACCUAUAUCUCACAGUGUUAAGAAAAAGAUAAAAAUAAAACGAGUUGACCUCGGUCACAAAUACAAGUUGUUUGGGUUUUGUUUUGUUUUUUACUAUCAGAUACGUUGUUGGUUUUUUAAAUGUAAUUUGUACAUCUUUUCUAUCUGUACAUUUGGGUUUCAGCUUUGUAAUUUUUUUGCUAAAAAAAUAAAGUUUUAAAAAAGGAAAAUGUAUGUAAUGUCUCCGUUGGUGGAA